CGAGGAAGUUUCCGGGUGGUCACACCGUCGCCCGCAGCAUCUCGGGGCGCACAGGAGUGGAAGGAGGCUCGUGCCUCGGGUCCCAGCAACCCGCAGCGUGGCGACUCCAGUCCGGACGGGAAGCUGCGCGCCCAGCCGAGGGCGUCCCCGGGGCGGGGCCCUGGUUCCCAGCUGUGCAGUCUCACCGCGGCGGGGGCGGAGCCAGCAGCGCCAGAUGCGGCCGGGGUGGCGCAGGGCUCGGACCCCAGCUGAGAAGCGCAGCCCUGGCCAUCAAGAAGCUGAGGGGCCAGAGCCGCGGGGACACGAGCACUCGGUGUCCUCCCGGCGUCCGGACGCUGGAUCGGCGCCCCGCAGGAUCACGGUUCGUUCUGUCGCGGGAGCCGGCUUAGCUCCCUCUUUCAGCAUCGGGGACCCGGGUUCGGGGUUGACUGGAGGGGCGGACCGCGCUGGCAGGGAUGUUGCGCAGCAGCAGGUGCUUUGGACCCUGCUUUGCUCUUCGAGCUGAGAAUGAGGUGGUCUUCACACACAGCUCCUUUACAGCUUUGGGAAAGCAAUAGAGAACGUAGAACCCGUCUACAGGCAGAGUCCUAGAAACCUGGCAAAAUGAAGGACCGGCUUGCAGAGCUUCAGGAAUUGUCCAGGAGCUAUGACCAGCAAUUCCCAGAUGGGGACGAUGACUUUGACGCUCCUCAUGAGGACAUCGUGUUCGAGACCGACCACAUCCUGGAGUCCUUGUACCGGGUCAUCCAGGACAUCCAGGAUGAAAACCAGCUGCUUCUGAUCGACGUGAGACGCCUGGGGAGGCAGAACGUCCGCUUCCUCACGUCUAUGCGGCGCCUCAGCAGCAUCAAGCGCGACACCAACUCCAUCGCCAAGGCCAUCAAGACCCGGGGCGAGGGUAUCCACCAGAAGCUGCGCUCCAUGAAGGAACUGAGCGAGCAGGCAGAGGCCCGGCACGGCGAGCACUCGGCGGUGGCUCGCAUCUCACACGCGCAGUACAGCGCGCUGGCCCUCGCCUUCCAGCAGGCCAUGUACGAGUACAACCAGGCCGAGAUGAAACAGCGCGACAACUGCAAGAUCCGCAUCCAGCGGCAGCUGGAGAUCAUGGGCAAGGACGUGUCGGGCGAGCAGAUCGAGGACAUGUUCGAGCAGGGCAAAUGGGAUGUGUUCUCCGAGAACCUGCUGGCCGACGUGAAGGGCGCGCGGGCGGCGCUCAACGAGAUCGAGAGCCGCCACCGCGAGCUCCUGCGGCUCGAGGGUCGCAUUCGCGACGUGCACGAGCUCUUCCUGCAGAUGGCUGUGCUGCUGGAGAAGCAGGCGGACACGCUGAACGUCAUCGAGCUCAACGUGCAGAAGACCCUCGACUACACGGGCGAGGCCAAGGCGCAGGUGCGCAAGGCGGUGCAGUACAAGAAGAAGAACCCCUGCAGGACCAUCUGCUGCUUCUGUUGCCCCUGUGUCAACUAGCAGCUGGCUUGGGCCUCCGAGGCACGUGCCAUGUGGGAAAUAUGUCCAGGAUGCCAACCAAAGCCAUCCUGCACUGCGCCGAGAGAGGGUCCCAAUGCCCUGCAGAAUUGGGUGCAUAGAGAAAGUGGAGUCGGGAUGCAAGAUUUUGGAACCCAGCACCUGCCUAUAAGGGAUGGUUGUUAGCAUCCAAUGGCUCCUUAAUGUAGGCAGAUUUCCACUGGCGUUGUGUGAUGUCAUUACAAAAUACAUAGCACUCAGCUUCACAGGGAGGGACUAAUGUCACGGCUAAGAUCUGUGUCUUGAAGUCUAAAGGAGAAAGCCAAGAGAACAUAUGCUAAUAACAUGAGCCCAUCAUCAAAAGUUGACUUAUUUUAUCCUCUCUGGAACGUUCCUCGGUGCUAUCCGAUUUUGAGUGACAUUCACUUCAGUAUUCCUUACUUCUGUUUCGAGUAACCUUUGACCUUAGACAGACCGGAUGCCAUUCACUUCUGAUUAUCUAUUUAUGUUGUGUGAACACCUUCCCUCAGCCCCAUCCCCCCACGCAUUAACCCGCACUGGACACUGGUUCCUUAUCUCUCUCACCUUUUAUAACCCCACCAGUUUAUAUAUGAAUAUUUUUUAAGCACCAAAUAUUGGACAAGCACUCAAGUUGAACUUUGUAUUAGUCACAUGUUAUGGAUUUUUCACAGAUAACAUUUAUUUAAAAAUUUAUCUUUGUACUUCAUUUCAUAUGAAUAUGGGUGUAAAUCUUCACUCGCACAUGUACUUUAAUGGCCAAUUGGACUGACUUUGCUUUUAGAAAUUCUGUAUAUAAACAAUAAGAGCUGGGUUUUUUUUUUUUUGUUUGUUUUUGUCUUUUUUUUUUUUGUGAGUGUCAGAUGGUCCUGAGUGUAUUUCAUUCCUGUCUGUGCCGUCCAGUUUGGGUCUAACUUUAUUUUGAACAACUGUGUGCUGUCAUUAAUAAAGAUAAGAGAGGAAGGUUGAAAACUUGUGAAACAACUAGAGAUACUAAAGCAAGGUUCUUGGAAAUAGUAAUUUACCUUACUGAGAGCCAUUUCUUACUCCAUUAGAGCGGAGAGAAUUGAAGUAAAAUCUUGUUUUUCAAAUAAGUUUAGUAAAUAUGACGUUAUAGCUGUCUCUCUUUUUUAAAAGAUUUAUUUAUUUAUUCUAUGUAAAUACACUGUAGCUGUCUUCAGACACACCAGAAGAGGUCAUCAGAUCUCAUUACAGAUGGUUGUGAGCUACAAUGUGGUUGCUGGGAUUUGAACUCAGGACCUUUGGAAGAACAGUCAGUGCCCUUAACCGCUGAGCCAUCUCUCCAGCCCCCUAACUGUCUCUUUUUAUAUUUAUAUCUUGACCCACUGAACCUAAAUUGAUUGUCUUUUUCGAUUAUUGGUAAACUGUCUCCCACCUAACCAUAAUAUCUGCAUGGAAUGCUAAACAAAGUUGUUGUUGUUGUUGUUGGAUUUGGUUUUUUCUCUGUAUAGCUCUGGCUGUCCUGGAACUCACUCUGUAGACCAGGCUGGUCUCAAACUCAAAAAUCCACCUGCCUCUGCCUCCCAGAGUGCUGGGAUUAUAGGCGUGUGCCACCACCACCCAGCUUAAAGUUUUUACAGCCAUGUAGAAACUGCUAAGGUUUUAAAGAUUUUCUUUCACUUGAAGAUGUUCGAGACCCUGUUUCAGGCAGUAGUUACCACGCCUGUGUGUGUCUUCUGAAUCCACUCUCAACUGCUGGUUUUAACACAUGAGUGAUUUCCGUGGAAAGUCCUGUAUCCUGAGUUCAUAAGAAAGUUCAUAAGAAGAAAGAGGAGCGGGGAGUCUUUGGGGCCUGUGGAUCAGCUCCUGAGGGAGAAAACCCAGCCUUUGCCGUUUCUCUCUUUACAGUUUGACGUGACUGUACACGUGGAACAGCCAGGCUCUCCUUCAACUCUGCCCAGUGUCUUUAUCACCUAACUACUGCGAUGUUCCUCUUUCUCUAAGAGAGAGGGGGAGUUCCCACGUGGCCCCAGUGACCUCAUUAAAGGAACCGUCUGUAAAUUUAACAUACAUGACCUCUGGAAAGAUUUUCUUUCUUUCUUUUUUAGACCCAUUAUGAAAAUAAACAGCUUUCUGUGUGUGCAGAAUUUUUUUUCAAGACAUAGUCUUACUAUACAGCCCCAGCUGACUUGGUACUCACUGUGUAGACCAGGCUGCCCUUAAACUCACAGGCAUAUCCUCCUGUCUCAGCCUCCUAAGAGCUGAGAUCAAAGUCAUGUGCCACAACACCAGGGUAGAGCACUUUGCCCUAAGUAAUCCUAAGGACUCAUCUGUGCUAGCUAUUCCAUUCUGCUUGCUUCUAGUAGACUGUUGUUCCGUCCUGUCCUGUCCUGUCCUGUCCUGUCCUGUCCCCUCCCCCCCCCCAAGGCAUGAAUCACAGUCUCCAGGUGGAGUUCUAGGAAGUCAUCCAGGCCUGCAACACAGACUUCAGGGGAAGGCAUCAGUUGCCUGGAACCUAUGGUAAAAAAGAGAACUGACUCCUGCAAAUUGUAGACACACACAAACACACAAACACACACACACACACUGCCUUCUGCUUUUAGGUAACAUGCAUUCUGUUAUUGUAUUUUUCUUCCUUCCAUUAGGAUCUUUUCCUCUGCUCUUUAUUUACUUAUGAAACAUAGACACAGGCACACAACACAACACACACACACACACACACACACACGAAGAGAAUUUAAAUACAGACUCUGGAUAUGACAGAAAGCAUGUGUUCAUCUUGCUGAGUCUGGUUUAUCUGAGGUUUGUUUGUUGUUUGUUUUUGACCCAGGGUUUCUCUAUGUGGCCCUCAGUGUCCUCAAACUCACUAUAUAGACCAGGCUGGAUGCAAAUUCACAAAGAUUUGCCUGUUCCCGCUUUCUGAGUCCCGGCCUGAGUCUGGCUUGUUUCAUUUAGCAUAUCAAUCUCUACUGUCAUCCAUUUAAAAAAAAGUCAUGAUUUCUUUUUCUUCAUGACUGAAUAAAAUCCCACUGUGUGUAGUGUCACAUUCUCUUUAUGUCUAUCUAUUAGUAGACAUCUAGGCUGGCUAUUUUUCUGGCUAUUGUGAAUAGUAAAGCAACAAACACAGACAUUCAAGUAUCCAUGUUUGCUUAGAGUGUGUGUUCCACCAUGGUUUAGGUAUGGGUGAUGAUUGAUCUUGGUUGUUGACUUGACUGGAUCCCAAGCAACUGUAGGUAUGGGCAGCACCUUCUGAUGAAGCCCGGGCAAAAGGAAAUGUAAGAAGGAAACUUUUGCCUGCUUGCCUUCACUCUUGCAUGCAAGUCCAUCCACUCUGUUGUUGCUACUGCUGCUGUUACAUUCCUUGGCUGGUAUCUUAGCCCAGCUCCUUCAGGCUGCCUAUGUAGAUUUCCAAUGGCUCUCCAGGAGUACCCCAGCCCUUCAGCACCAGGCUGGAACUACUGAGACACUCAGUCUUAUGAUCAGACAGCUACUGGAUUCUCAGUCCUUCUGGUUUGAAGCAGCCAUGGUUGGAUUACUCAGACCAUGUCAUGUAAUCCAAGCUAAGAAAUCCUCUAUUCUAUCAGUACACUGGAUCAUACGGUAGUUCUAGUUUCAAUUUUUUUCAGUUACAUUAAUGUUGAUGUGUGCUGGUGCAGCUUACCUGGCCGCCAUUAGGGUGAAAAGCUUCAUCUGCAUCCCCACAUCCUCACAAGCAUCUGUUGAUGUUCGUUUCCUUCGUGAUAGGCAUUCUGACAAGGGUAAGAGACUAUCAAAAUGGUUUUACUUUGUGUUUCCCUGGUGGCCAAGAAUGAUAAAUACUUCUUCAAAUAUUUACAGGUCAUUUGUAUUUAAUGUUGGAGAACUCCCUAUUCGAUUCCUUAGUCUGUUUCUUUACUGUAUAAUUUAGAAUUUUGAUUUAAUUUGGAAUUUAAUUUCUGCAUCCCUGAUAACUUCGUGACUGAUAUACAGUUGACAAAUAUUAUUUUCUCCUUCUA